UUAAUUAUAAAGACGCGUUUGUCUAGCUCCAAAUUCGAACCCAAACUAGAAUGGGGUUAAUGAUGUCCUCAACCCAAUUAUUCAAAUCCUAUCCAUGGAUAAAGUCGCCCAAAUCCACUCAAGGAUAGCGUCGAACCGACUCAAUCUGGCGCACUGCAGCUGCUAGCCUGCUCUUCUGUCUUCACCCACGACUGACUACCCACCAAAAUUUGGAGUGCUCAGAGGGAUGGCAGACAGAUUCUUCCCAAACGAAAUGCCGGAGACGGCAGUGGAAGCGGAGGAAACAAGCGCUCAAAACAGUGGAGACUCUCUGAUAAAGCUCCUCUCUUUUCCAUACGAAACUCUCUCCCAACAAUUCGAGCGAGCUGCUUUGGAUGUCAAAGACGCUGUUGUCAGGGAGACAUGGGCGCUUGCUGGAAAACGCGUACAGGACUAUGCUUUGUAUACUGGGGCUCUUGGGACUGCGUUUUUGCUCUUCAAGGCCUAUCAGAUUACUAACAACAGGGAUGAUCUUAAUGUUUGUUCCGAGAUUGUCAAGGCUUGUGAUUCUGCUUCCGCCACCUCUGGGCGUGUGACAUUCAUAUGUGGGCAAGCUGGUGUUUAUGCUAUUGGUGCUGUUGCGGCUAAGCAUGCUGGGGAUGAAAGAUUGCUUGGUCGCUACUUAACUCAAUUUAAAGAGAUUAAGCUUCCUAAGGAUUUGCCAAAUGAGUUACUAUAUGGGCGAGGAGGGUUCUUAUGGGCAUGCUCAUUCUUAAAUAAGCAUAUUGGUAAAGACACAAUAUCUUCUGCUCGCAUGAGAGCUUCUGUGAAGGAAAUUAUCAAGUCGGGUAGAGAAAUGGCAAAAAGGGAAAGAUGCCCAUUGAUGUAUGAAUGGCACGGGAAGAAGUAUUGGGGUGCUGCCCAUGGGUUAGCGGGGGUUAUGCAUGUUUUGAUGCACAUGGAACUGAAACCAGACGAGGUGGAGGAUGUCAAGGGUACCUUGCGUUAUAUGAUCAAGAACCGUUUCCCCAGUGGGAAUUAUCCUUCAAGUGAAGGAAGUGAAUCUGACCGCCUUGUGCAUUGGUGUCAUGGUGCUCCUGGUGUUGCUCUUACCCUUUUGAAAGCAGCUGAGGUUUUUGGAGACAAGGAGUUUCUGCAAGCAGCUGUGGAUGCAGGGGAGGUGGUAUGGAACAGAGGCCUGCUUAAGCGAGUUGGGAUUUGUCAUGGCAUCAGUGGGAAUACCUAUGUGUUUCUUUCACUCUACAGACUGACUGGUAAUGUGGAGUUCUUGUACAGGGCCAAAGCAUUUGCUUGUUUUUUACUCGACAGGGCCCAAAGGCUUAUAUCAGAGGGGAAGAUGCAUGGAGGUGAUCGCCCUUAUUCACUAUUUGAAGGCAUUGGAGGAAUGACUUAUCUGUUUCUGGACAUGAUCGAACCAUCUGAGGCCAGGUUCCCAGGUUAUGAACUUUAGGUUGCUUUCUACAGGACAAAUAGGGGAGACCACGGGUAUGAUUAUCACUUCUGUAUGUUGAGUCUCAGAGCUUCUGUAAAUAAUAUAUGAAGUCUUAAAACUUUUGCAAAUAUAUGAACUGAACAUAUUUCAGUUUUGUCUCGA